AAAUAUAUAUAUAUACAUAUAUAUUCCCAAAUAAGUCUUCAUUAUAAGCUCGCAUCUCUUCUAUUUUCUUUAUAAAAAUUGAUGAUCCCACUUUAAAAAGAAAAAAAAAAUAUACUGCAUUUACUUGCUGGAAUGCGUUAUUAAAGUGUGAUUCCCUGGGAUAAGCCUUUUGAUCUUAUAUUUUGCUUCAUAGUGAAUGGAAAGUUAAUAGGAUAUAAUAAAACAGUUAUUCUUUUCCCCAGUUGUGUUAUUUCCUUUGUUUCAGGUCAUUUAAACAUGAUAUAUAUUCAAGUGAAUGCAGAUCUUUCUUAUUUUAUUCCUGUCAUCAUGAGUUUUAAGCCUGGUUUACUGCUUUAUCCUAAUCAACAAACAAAACCUGAAAGGACAAUUACAGUAACUACUACUAGUAUGUUAAUAGGUUAUGGUAGUCAAGCAGAGGUCUCUUUGGCAUAUGAUAUGGCACAACCAAGAUAUCAAUUAGCAUGUAGAAAAACGAAGAAAUCAAUUUACCCAAAUACAAUCAAAGCAUUUCAAUUAGAAACUGAAAUAUUGAAAAGCAAUAAACAUGCCAAUGUAUUAUCUAUGGUGGCUCAGUAUUCAGACGAUCCUAAUGAUGCUUAUAUUUAUUCAUUUUUUCCAUUGUAUACAGGGGGAACACUCUAUGAACGAAUGAUGAGAAAAGGAUUAUUAAAAGAGAAAGAUGCUACUUUUAUUGUUAAACAAGUGUUAUCUGGACUUCAUUAUAUUCAUAAAAAAGAUAUCAUACAUUUUGAUGUGAAGACUGAGAAUAUCUUAUUGUCAAGCUAUGGACACAGACCAAGAGCUGUUAUUUCUGAUUUUGGCUUGGCUAUCUAUAAACCAAGGAUAAAUGAAAAACAUCUAAACUAUUACUACGGUACACCUAGUAAUACUUCGCCAGAAAUGUUUGAUAAUCAAGGCUUUGAUGAAAAAGUAGAUUGUUGGGCAGCUGGUAUCAUGUUUUAUUAUAUGUUAUCCGGAAUUCAUCCUUUUAUUAAAGAUAUAGAUAGUGAAAACAAUGUAAAAAAGGCUAUUUUAAAUAGUCAACUUGAUUUAAAUAUGAAAGAACUUGCGCAUGUUAGUAAUAUAGCUAAAGACCUCAUAUCAAAUCUACUUGUCAAAGAUCCUAAAGAAAGGUAUUCAUGCUAUCAGGGUUUACAGGCUACAUUAUUAUAUUGGAACUGGCAAAAAGAUGAUAAUGCAGUACUUGAGGACUUUAAACAUGAACGAUAUCUAUGGUUUCAUGAUGAAGAUUAUAAUGAUCCUACCCUUGAUUCUACUGAUGGACAGCAUCCAGAUGAUAUAGAAGAUGAAGUUGAACGUAUUCGACGUUUACGUUCUACAGAAAACAUAAAAAGAAGAAUAACAUUACAGUCAAAUGAUAUCGAUAUGAUAUACAGUGAAGAUAUUCGGAAGAGUACAUAUGAACAAAGCCAAUUUAACGAAAUUCUGAAAGUAUUUUCGAAAAAAGAAACUGGAUCUGUUGGGAAUAUCAUUUUUAGCCAACAAUAAAGAUAUAAAAUGAUGAAUAUCUUCUUCUGUAUAAUAGAAAAUAAGCAUAUACUAAGUAAUAUACGCUAUAUUAUUUAAAUAAAAUAAUCAAGAUAUGUUCAUAUGAUAUAAAA